CAUUUAGAAUGGCUCUGAUUGGGUGGGGAUGUGGUAAGGUAACUCUCGGUGUAAUUCUCUUUAUGGGAAUUGUUGGUCUGCUUCUGCACUCACCAGAGAAGGUGUUUCGCCCACCUAGAUGGACACAUGACGGCUCCCACCUGAGACCUAUCUCCACAAAUGAGACCCAUCCUUUCCUACAAAAUUACUGGUACCGUUAUGUUUAUGAUUCAGCAAAGAAAGACAAUUUAACUAAUUGUUAUGUCUGUACCCACAUGCCAUCUCAUGCCGACGGAUUAACUAUAUAUGGGAAACCUAUGAAUAAGUCACAAGCAAAGUGUGCUGCCUCUUUUGCAGGUGUAGGCUAUCAGCAUGAUAAUAUAAAAAUAAAUGACACAGAUCCAUAUACUGCUGGUUUGGAUAAUGGCGUAUGUGCACAGCAGUUUUGGAUCGAUUUUGCUAUAAAAGUGUCAAAUAUAUCCUUACCUUUAUCUGUCCACCUGAACAUGGACCCUAAAACAUUUAAUCACUCAAUGUGUUAUGACCAAAUGAAUGGCACCCACCAUAUGGGGAACACCACCAACUGUGCCCAAAUACUAGUACACGGAGAAGGUGCCCCGGUAAACAUAAGUGGAUUUAGUAAUGGCACCUACUGGGUGCAAGGAGUAGCUUGGUUAUGUGGACCCCGCGCAUAUUUCGUUUUGCCCUAUAACUGGUAUGGUGUGUGCGCUCCAAUCUUUGUGUCAGACCAUACUUUCCUGGUGUCACUGUCGUCUACACCAGCGAACCGCAGGCGCCGGUCCAUCAUAACUACAGCUUCUCUCCGUCCUCAUGACAGUGUCUGGGGUUCAGAUGUUCCCCAGGAGUUCAAACAUUGGUCUACAGACCAGAAAGUAUUAAUGUCUCUUUUUCCCUGGGUAGGAACAGCAAAGAAUACGUUAUGAUUAGAAACUAUUGAUUAUCGUUUGGGGCUGUUCAUAAAUAACUCCAUCAUAAUAAAUGAGCAACAGAAUGGAGAGAUAGAUGCUAUUAAACAGAUGGUCAUUCAGAAUAGAAUGGUUUUAGACAUACUUACUGCUGCACAAGGUGGUGUAUGCGUGCUUUUAAAUAAUACCUGCUGUACAUAUAUUCCCGAUAAUGUGCACUCACCCAACAUGACUACAGCCUUGGACCGUCUGCGAGAACUUCAAAAGAUCAUGACCUUAGACCCUCAUGCUGGCCCCUCAUGGUUGAAUUGGUUUCUUACUGGGUCCUGGUGGCAGUUACUGCUAAAGUUCUCACUCCCCAUUCUUGUUACAUUAUUAUUUGUAUGUUGUUGUUUCAUUUGUAUUAUACCCUGCCUCCGUUCCAUGAUACAACAUACUUUUAAUUCUGUUUUUCUGCUAUACACUGCAGAAGAACGAAUGGAUUUACUAACCUUGUCUAGCCCUCUUAAUAAUGAUGAUGAUGUGAUCUGAAUGACGGUUGUGCUGAAAGUGUUUUUGCAAAUUGUACAAUACUGAUGUUUCUGAUCAUACUGUCAUGAUAAACAGGAGGGACUGUUAGGUUGAAGAAACUGUUAGUAAUCAUUUGUUAUCAUUUCUGUAUAAUCAGCAAUGAGUGUAAAUAUGUAUAUACAUUAUUUUGUUUUCCUUUACCUUCAUACUUUAGAUUAUAUUAGUUUACACGUAUCCUGAGCACGUGUUUAAAUAGUUGUCUACCUGAGUAAAACCAGAACUUCUUCUUACUCUCACAGUCUUUUCUUUGUUCUCACUCCAAGACCCCUGCCCCCCAUUGACUAUAAAUAAAGGUGCCAAGGGGAACCACCCUUUGUAACACAUUCCUUUGUAGCCUAGCAUGCAGAGAGUGUGGUUACCCUUGUGCAAGUAAAACUCUAA